AUGUUUGAUGUCAAUAUCAACGACUCAGACGGAUUGCAGAGGGCAUUUGCUGAGGCUAAGCCCGAUGUCGUUAGUCACAACGCGGCGCAGGUCAGCGUUCGCAACUCCAUGUCCGACCCUGCCAACGACGCCUAUGUGAACAUAAUCGGCUCGCUGAAUGUGCUGCAAUGUGCUGUCGAGCACGAUGUGGAGCGCCUGAUUUUCGCCUCCAGCAGCGCCGUGUACUCAAAGCCGCAAAACCUCCCCAUGGACGAAAAUCAUCCCAAAAUGCCGGAAUCGGUCUAUGGCGUCUCCAAGCUCAGCGUGGAAAACUUCAUACGGUUAUACAGCAACACUUACGGCAUCAAGCACAAGAUAUUCCGUUACGGCAAUGUGUUCGGACCGCGCCAGAACCCUCACGGCGAAGCGGGCGUAGUCGCCAUAUUUACAGGUCAGUUCAUUCGCGGAGAACAGCCGACCAUCUUCGGCGAUGGCAGCAAGACGCGCGACUACAUAUUCGUCAGCGACAUCGUUGCAGCCAACAUCGCGUCGCUCGGCGAUGUCGGCGACAACGAUACUUACAACCUUGCCAGAGGUAUUGGCGUGUCGGACUUCGAGAUAUUCGACGCUGUUCGUGGUGCUUCGGAUUCAUCCAUGCAACCGCGAUACGCACCAGUGCGCCCCGGCGAAGCAAUGCAUGUAGUUCUCGAUUCCAGCAAAGCACAGCAGAUACUAUCGUGGAAGCCGAAAGUUGCGCUUUCGGACGGCAUCUUGCAGGUCGUGGAUCACUAUCGCAGAACAAAUUAA